CCCCAGAUUCCUCCCCGCAGAGGAGCUCGAAGUCUCGACCGUCUCACCAAGCUGUUUUUGGUUUCCCCUCCUGCAAGUCACCAAGCGAUCAGUCAUAAACUCAUCGUUCGCUCACAGCCUCACACAAUCUUGCUGUGCAACUCAGCCACCAUUAACGUCGACAUGAAGCGUCCAAUCGAAGACGUCAGUGCUAUAGUCUCCACCAACAUCAAGAAGCCCGUCUUCCUUACCAAAGCCGAACGCGAGCAAUUAGCCCUUCAACGCCGUGAGGAAGAAGUAGCAGAGCAGAAACGCAAAGCUGAACAGCUUCGUCUCCAACAACAACCAGAACAGAAUAGAUCCACCAAAUCUGACCAUUCUCCUGACAACCGUCACCACCGCUCUCGGGAUCGUGAUCGUGACCGUGAUCGCGAACGUGACAGAGAACGUGACCGCGAGCGAGAACGAGAACGAGAUUCGGAACGGCGCAACCGCGAGAGAGAACGAGAAGAAGAGAACAAGGCGCGUGAGAGGGCUCGCUUAGAGAAGCAAGCCGGCCGAGAACGUGACAAGGAGCUCGAAGCCAUUAAAGAUCAGUACCUCGGAACCAAAAAACCUAAAAAACGAGUUAUUAAACCUAGCGAGAAGUUCAGGUUCUCGUUCGAUUGGGAGAACACUGAGGACACCUCUCGGGACAUGAAUAUAUUAUACCAGAACCCUCAUGAGGCUCAGUUAUUGUUUGGUAGAGGGUUUCGUGCUGGAAUGGAUCGGCGAGAGCAGAAAAAACUUGCUGCCAAAAACGAGAAGGAGAUGCGAGAAGAGAUCAGAAAGAAAGACGGGGUUGCGGAGAAGCCGGAGGAAGCUGCUGCCCAGCGGCAGAAAGAAGCGGCGGCGGAUUUGUAUGACACUUUCGAUAUGAGGGUCGAUCGGCACUGGUCGGAGAAGAAGCUUGAAGAGAUGACGGAGAGGGAUUGGAGAAUUUUCAGGGAGGAUUUCAAUAUUUCCUAUAAAGGAUCGAGGAUUCCCAGGCCUAUGCGGAAUUGGGCUGAGAGCAAGUUGACUCCGGAGCUCUUGAAGGCGGUGGAGAGGGCAGGGUACAAGACGCCCUCUCCGAUUCAGAUGGCUGCGAUUCCACUAGGGCUACAACAGCGAGAUGUGAUUGGGAUUGCAGAAACUGGUUCGGGGAAGACUGCUGCUUUUGUUCUCCCUAUGUUGACUUACAUCUCUAGAUUACCUCCUAUGAGUGAGGAGAAUGAGGCGGAAGGGCCCUAUGCUGUUGUCAUGGCUCCUACCAGGGAGCUUGCCCAGCAGAUUGAAGAUGAAACUGUGAAGUUUGCUCACUAUUUGGGUAUCAAGGUGGUCUCAAUUGUUGGUGGGCAGUCUAUUGAAGAGCAGGGUUUUAAGAUCAGACAGGGUUGUGAGGUUGUUAUAGCCACACCUGGACGACUUAUUGACUGCUUGGAGAGGCGAUAUGCUGUUCUUAACCAAUGUAAUUAUGUUGUUCUUGAUGAGGCUGAUAGGAUGAUUGAUAUGGGUUUUGAGCCCCAGGUUGUUGGGGUGUUGGAUGCAAUGCCUUCAAGCAAUUUAAAACCAGAGAAUGAAGAUGAAGAGCUUGAUGAGAAAAAGAUAUAUCGGACGACUUAUAUGUUCAGUGCUACCAUGCCUCCAGCUGUGGAGCGUCUUGCCAGGAAGUACCUUAGGAACCCUGUUGUGGUUAACAUUGGAACUGCUGGAAAGACAACUGAUCUCAUAACGCAGACUGUGAUCAUGCUGAAGGAAUCAGAGAAAAUGCCGAGAUUGCGGAAGUUGCUGAAUGAGCUAGGGGAUAAGACUGCAAUGGUGUUUAUAAAUACAAAGAAGGCUGCUGAUGGUCUUGCAAAGGGUUUAGAUAAGGAAGGUUUUAGGGUGACAACGUUGCACGGAGGGAAAUCACAGGAGCAGCGGGAGAUUAGCCUUGAAGGAUUUAGGACCAAGCGGUUUAAUGUUCUUGUUGCAACAGAUGUAGCAGGACGUGGGAUUGAUAUACCUGAUGUAGCUCAUGUCAUAAACUAUGAUAUGCCUGGGAAUAUUGAAAUGUACACUCAUCGCAUUGGACGAACAGGGCGUGCUGGGAAGACUGGUGUGGCAACAACGUUUUUGACGCUGCACGAUACUGAUGUCUUCUAUGAUCUCAAGCAGAUGCUUAUUCAGAGCAACAGCCCUGUGCCUCCUGAGCUGGCAAGACAUGAGGCAUCAAAAUUCAAGCCGGGAGCAAUUCCUGACAGACCUCCCAGGCGCAAUGACACUGUUUUUGCUCAUUGAGAAUUUUGUUUCCAGGAAGAUACUUCUUCUUCAUGGCUUGAACGAAGGAUCCCAGAAAGAGAAACUAUGGUCCCUCACCUAGACUACCAGAUUUGAUUGUUCUGCUUGGUGAGCAUUAAUCCAUUUGUUAUUUGAAUGAUUGGAUGAAUGUAGAGGUUUCAUAAUUCAGUAGGAUUGUAAAAUCAUGCGUCUUUUCAGAAGUAAAUUUUUCUCUUUGCUCGAACUUAUGCUUGGACUGAUGUAGAUCACAGGAUGUUGCCAUAUCCAUGAAUCAUUUGGAUAUAUUGAUCCUCUGAACAAAACAGGUUGUAUGAUAUUCUUGGCUUUGUUAAAAAAAAAUGAUAUUCCUCUGCAGUGAACCUCAGAUCAUGAGACAAGUAUAUAUCUGCAAUAUCACGGUUGAUUCCCUGCAAGCGAAACAAGUUUCGGUACACAUGGAUGCCUUACCUAGGUUGCAAUGGAAAGAUCUAAAGUUCUAUGGAUUGACUGAUGCUGGUGGGGUUAUGAAUUGUCCUGUAUGCUUGAAGGGCCCAUGGAGGGUUACUAAAAUGAUUCUUCCCAAAGCAUCACCAAGGGAUUCGAAUGGUGAAAUCUUUGAUCCUCUGAAAUCCAUUGCUAAAGUGCCUUCAAUGUUCUGUAUGGUAAUGCUGUUGAAAUAUACUUCUUGUGGAUCUGUGGGCCUCUCUCCCUCCUAUCCCCCCUGGUCAUCGAGGAAGGGAAGACAAAUGUGUCUGGCUUCCCUCUUCCAAUCGGUUGUUCUCCUUUGCUUCUGCUUGGUCCUUUGUCAGAUCCUCGGGUCUUGUUGCUCCUUGGCAUAACCUCGCACGGUUCAAAGGCCAUAUCCUCCGUCACAGCUUUACUACCUGGAGAUGUCUCUCCAACUGCCUUCCUACGCAGUCCUUCCUUAUUAACCAGCAUAUCCCUGUCAAUCUUGCUUGCUGCCUCUGCCCUGAUGGCCAAGAGGAUAUCCCCCACCUCUUCUUCUCUUGCCCCCUCUCAUCCCUGGUUUGGAAAACUGUCCUUGUUCGUUGCUGGCCUUCUCGUAGGCCUAUUCUCCCCUUUGAUAGGCAAUGUAUUUGGGUUGACAUGACAUUUGCUGGAUCCUCUAUCUGCGACACCAUUGGCAAGCUAGCAUUCUCAGCUACUAUCACUCAUCUUUGGAUGGAGCACAACAUUCGUAGAUGGUCUUCCAACUCCCGAUCCCCGGAUAGGAUUUGGAAAGCCAUCUUCUUCGAUGUCGCCUAGAAAAUCCAAUCCCUGUGCUCCUUUCGCUCCAGGCCGACCCCCUACUCCUUCAGAAAUGAUCACAUAAUCUCCUCCUGGAGCCUUUUGGCUGGCCCUCCCCCCCCCCCCUUUGGCUUUGGUUGCUGUUGGCCUUAUCUUGGCUCUUGAUGGUUGUUUCUGUUUUUUAGUUUUGUUGCUUUGCUUUGUUCCCCUUGGGGUUGGCUUCUCCUUGUUGGCUUAAGCCUCCCCUUCCCCCCCUUUUUCCCCUUGUUUUUUCUCUUCUCUUUGGGUAUUUAUUCAUCCAAAAAAAAAUGCUGUUGAAAUAUGCUUCUUGUGGUCGAUCCUCUAUCCUCUAGACUUCGUAUUACAUGCAUGUAUUAUUAUUUUCUGAGAUUGGUGUCCCUAGAACAUGAGAAAACAUUCUAGAUGAACUGGUCACCUGUUUUAUAAUAUUAUUGCAGCCAUAUAUAUCAUCAGAAGCACCAACAACUUUUAUAGAUGAUCAACCUACAUCCUUCAAUGCACCCGCCAUAUAGUCAUCAUCCAAGUUCAGGAGCAUAUUAGUUUCAUCAACAUUUUCAGUUGAGCAAACAGAUGCCUCAUCUAACCCAUCCAGGGAUAAGUGGUUCCAAACUUAUCUUCGUAUUUUAUUUUAUUUUAUUUAAGCUUCUAGUACUGUAGCCGCUGGUAGAUCUGCUACAACGUUGACAUGUUUGCAGGUAGUCUCCAAUAUGCCUAUCAAUAUAAGUACUGAUGUGGUGAAGCAACUUCUUCCUGUGGGUGAUAUUUUUCAGAAGUUGUCCUUUUAUUCCAGGUUGGCAUGAAUUCUUCUAAUAUAUGUGUGGCUUCUUGGAAGUGUUCUGUUUCUUAGUUGUCGGUGGAUGGUUUCAUUUAACUGCUGAUUACUCGUUCACCUCAGAAAUUCUACAGAUCAAAAUUCAAACUACAGUCUUUGCUUGCAGGAUGUGGUCAAGUUGUGGUCUAAUUUUUUUUUCCUAUAUGACUUUCUAUAUGCAAUCAGUACUUAUAAAGCCCUGAAUGGAUUUGUAGAUUCAUUUAAUGAUGCAACAGCUUUACGCUUGGUGGAUGAAUUUUGUGGAUGUCUGAGUAUCAAUCAAUCAAUAUGUUUGUGAAUUUUUACUAAA